UCGCGAAACUGCUUGCAACUGAUGGUGUUUUGGUCAAGAUGUCUGCCGCGGCAUUGACACGUCGUGUUCUCGGUCAACAAAUAAGCAAUUUCAUUAAUUUAACAACUUCAGUGCUAUCUCAAAUACCAAAAAGAUAUAGAUUUAAGUUUGUGAAAUUACCUCCAACUGGCAAUGGUAAAUCUUUUCGAAGAAUUGUUCAUUUCAAGGAUGAGUACACAGUACAACCAUUGAAUGUUACAAACUUAGGAGGCAGAGAUCCUGCUACAGGUAGGGUAGUAGUUGGUUGUAUCGGAGGUGGUAUAAAGCACAAGUAUCAUUGGAUCAAAUGGAUCCGUGAUGGACCCAAAGAUGUUAACGAGCCACCAAAGGAAGAGAGGGUCUUAAAAGUCUUCAAGGAUGGUUGUAGAACAAGUUUCGUCGCAUUAAUCGGUUCAGGCCGCGAGCUUAAAUAUAUUUUAGCCACGGAGAACAUGAAACCAGGCGACAUAAUACGCACUCAUUGUGGAAUACCACGUAAUCAUGUGAGACCUAAUGAGGGAGAUGCCUAUCCUCUCGGUGCCUUACCUAAUGGAACUCGGGUUCAUGGUGUGGAAAAAAAUCCGGGAACAGGUGGAUUCUACAUCCAUGCCGCGGGCACUGUCGGCACCAUUAUAAAACGAGAAAUGGAUCGCGUGAUUGUACAAAUGCCGAGCAAACAUCAAUUCAGCUUUCAUGAGACGUGUAUGGCUACAGUCGGUCGAUUAUCGAACGUCGAACAUGGUUCCACACCGAUUGGCAGCGCGCAGAAAAAUCGGGAAUUGGGAAAUCGACCGAGAAGCGGUCUGUGGCAUCGUAAAACCGGAAGAUUCGGUCGUAAGAUUAGACCUCCUCCGCCAGUGAAAACGAUCACCGGUUAUUUCCGCCCAAAACCAGAAAUUCUUGUCUUGAAUAGCGAAUAUAAUUAAACUACUUCAAUAACAGAAUCAUAAAUGUAUUAAGAAUAAAAACAUUCACUCAGAACAUGUAAAUGUAGAUUUUAUUGUCUUCGUUACUCUUUCUCACUUCAUAAUCUGCAUUUUGCGCAAGAAAUUCACGAUAUAUAUGUAUUGACCAAAGUAAAAGAAGAGAUAUGUAUAUGUAUCUGUUGGACGUGUACAAUAAAGAGAAUCGUUUCUUUAUCAUAA